CAGCAACAGAAGAGAUGCAGAAACAUCGGGAGUCAGCGCGCGUUGUUGUGAUGUUGCAGUAGCAGGACGGUGUGUGUUGUGCUCGCGGCGUUAGCAGCUUAGCACCCCGACUCUUGUGUCCGCAAUGUGAUGCCCACGUUGAUCUUGUGUGCCUGACUGUGUUGUGCUUGCCCGUGUCACAAUGGAAUGCACCGUACGAAGCAUGGCUGAUGCUCAACCUAGCGAAGAGCAAGCUGUUGUUCCAGAGGGACGCGUCGAAAAAGUGUGCAAAGAAUGGCUCGUCCGAGAAGAUGGCGUCCUGGCGUACCGGCUGCAGUCGCAAGAGAUCAACCAGCGGUACAACCUGAACAGGACAAACAACCAGCUCCUGCGAGCCGAUCUUCCUGUGGCAAAGACGGUGCAGCGCACAGAGGAAGAAGAGGCUGAAUUCAUCCGCCGUACCUACGAGGAGAUGCUGAGGCAGCAAGAAGAACACGAUGCGAAGGUUGCUCUGGAGUUGCAACAACAGCUGCAGAGGGAGGCUGCCUUACAUGCGGCUGCACAGGAGGAAGACCAGAGACUUGCCGCGGAGUUACAGAAAAGAGAGCUGCCCAAGAAGCUGGACAGGAUAGAACGGAGGCGCAGAGAUGAUGCACUACCUUCAGUGCUGAAGAGGCUUUCCAUUGGCGAGGAUACCUCCGGUGCCUUUUUUAACGACAGUGAGAGCAGGGAUGAGGACUUUUCAGACUUCUGUCUGCAGCCACCUCCUGGACUCAGUGGGGAAGAGCUAAGAAAGUUCCAAGAGGAACAGGACGCGGAGCUAGCAAGGCUUCUUCAGGAACAGGAAACAAAAAGGCGGGGUGCCAGUGCAAACGAUCGCCAGAUUGCUAUGGAGGCUCAAGACAGGGAGCUGGCCAAGAUGCUGCAGGACCAGGAGAAGGCACGACUGCGCAGGGCACGCGAAAGGGCCCGGCAAAAGGCACUGCUCCAACAGCAGCAACAGCACAUGAAUCCUACUGAAGAACCAAACUCUAGUGGCCAUCAUGAGCCAUCAGGCGAUUUGAGUGGAGAGCCCCUCGAAAAUUCAUCGGCAGCCAAGGCCGAUGGAGAGCCAGCUGGUGCUGCAGCCUUCCUGGUCGGUCCAAGUGGGGUGAAGAACAUUGCGACGGAAAUAGACCCCACUUUCAGCCGUCGAAAGCCGUCUCUGGAGCGUCAUGGCAGUGGACGACGCAGCAGCUCACGUUCUCCUCACGACACGCUGGACCCUCUUGUGGGUACUGCCAAUGCCAUCACCCCUCCCGGAACCAUCGAAGUGCCACUAGCACCAUAGGUGGAUCAACGUCCAGUCCUGCGUUAGCGAAUGCCUGCUAUGUUGACCUGGAUGAUGGCGAAGGGGCCGUGCCGCCGUACAUGCCAAUCCAGGGCCAGCGGAGGUCGAGCUCAUUCGAAAAGGGCAAGAAAGGCAAGAAGGCGAGGGACGCUUGCAAAACACAGUAGCUGCUCAACAAGGCUUUCGCUGCACACUAGUUGACUCGGGAAAGUUGACCCGUCCUGCGAUUCCUUCCAUAUCUGCUGUCCAAAGGAAGCCAGUGAUGACUGCACCAUCUUCUGGAGACUCCUGUAUCGUGCAAGUGCGCUUUUGUAAAAUUGUUUUUCAUUCAUGUGCUAAAUUUGUCAUUACACUGAAGCAAAAGUGGAAAUUUGAGGUAUUCUCUACAGAAGUAGGAACACUGCUGUCACCAGUUUGUGCCGCAGCCACAGACAAGAUUUUACAUUGCUCUGAGGGAGAAAUUCAACGGCACAUACCUCUAACUUUGAUUGCCUCAUUCCUUUCCCUGUGACGUCUGCUACUGCGUUUAAUUUAUUCACGUGUUCAGGUUGUUGGUAGGUCAUAGUGUAAGGAAGUUGAGAAGUCUUUUCGGUGCUCAUUGUUGUUUGAUUAUUUUUAAAAGCAGGCUCUUUUAUAAAGGACAAAAGUGCUCGGCUGUCAUAGACUUCAGUUAUUUGUAAUUUUUAUUUUUUGUCUUAAAUGUUCAGCCCAUAUUUAGCGUUUUCUACUUGUCUUUAUGAGUUACGAAGGAAAAACCCUCUGUGCCAUCUCAUUUUUUUUUUUCGAUCUUAAGUUUUAGCUAUCAGAAAAGAAGAAAACACUAGAGCCACAUGUGAUUCAAAUUUCAAGCUCGAGCAUUUCUUUUGUCAUCCUGAAGCUCUAGCACUAGGCUGAUGUUUUUCGUGGCAGCUGCAAAACUCGAACUCAUCAUCAGUAGUACUGCAAGCAUAUCUUCUCAGUCCAUCAUAUCUAAAUAGAGGCAAUAUCAUGGCAUGUUUCACGAAGCUCAGAGGCAGCUACUUACUGUUGUGCCUGUGCAGGGAGUGAGCAGUACAAAUGGUGUCAGCUGGUUUAUAAUGCUCAUUAAGUAUUUUCUUUCCCUCUCUUUUCUUCCUUUUUUGUUAGCACUUCUUGUGGAGUGGUGAGAUACUGCUCAUCAGUCUAGGGCCAACUCAAGCAUAUACAUAAUUGAUGUUUAUAAACUGAGCUAGUUUAGUACAGUUUGUUGCUAGUCCCACAGUUACAAAAUAAAAAAAAAUAAUUACAGAUAUAUACACAUAUAUAGAUACAUAUACAUUCCUAUAGUAACCGUUAUGUAGUCCCAGCAUAUAGAUAAACUGAAGAUGCCUUUAGGUGCUCUUGAAGAGAGUGGCAGGAGCAGUGCCUUUCGAGGCCAGAGUGGUGCAAAGCAAAAUGCGCUGAUCAAUAGACAAAUUGUAUUACACUCCAUAAAUGUUGUAGCACUUCAGAACAGAGUCAAGUAUAGUUUGUUCAAACCUCAGCGAGACAACUGAAAAAGAAGGCGCACUGUUACGGUGAGCAUGUGCACUAUGAAAAGUGUUGUAUUCUUUCAUGCAACAGAGACUAUCACCAUUCUCUGGUGCACUUGCCUCCUUCGAAAUGUUGUGACUGGUGCUUUCCUGGUGGCUUCAGUUACAUGUGUACAGUGCAGCUUGCAUUGCAAGGGCACCAGAGGUAAUGGAGAGUUAUUUGGUAGUGUUAGUCUGAUAUGGUGCAUUCAGCUUUAGAGCACUCGUUCAGUGUAGCUUCCACUUAACUGGUCGAAUGUCUUCAACGCACAUGCACCUGAUUUAUUCUGAACAUGAUGCUCCAGCUUGGAGAACCCGAAGCAGCUGAAAGGUGGGCAUAUUGGUUGGUUGUGGUUGGUUCGUUGUUAUUAGCAGAAAACAGCGCUAAAAGACUAGCCCGGAGAAAGGGCACUCGCACGUUUAUUCUUUCAGGCCGCAUUUACACUACGAAGUUUUGUCGGUGUAGAAGUAUAUAUGUGUUGGAGUAGAUAUGCUAGUGUACCAGAGAAUAGGUACUUGGUGGUUCUAGUUUUUUUCUAGCAUUUUAGCGCUGUUUUAUGUUUGCUCAUAAUAGUGACAGUGUUUUGUAAGUGUUUGAUGUGGGCAGCCUUUCAGCAGCAGUGUAAAGAGGGCUCCACAUUGCUGCAAACCAAGUGAGUGUGUGUCAGGAAACAGUCAGGCGUACCAUUGGUAUUCCGGACACUGGCCAGGGCAUGUUGUGUAGUGCCACGUAGUUUAACGGACAUCCUGCCACUUUGGUAGCACUGAUCUCAGUUGCUAGACAGAGCACUUUGUAAACUCCUGUACAGUAUGAAAGCUCACUACUAUUAGUACCGUCAUGCUAAAGAUACUUCUAGUGUCUUCAGCCAUUUUUGCUGCAUCUUGCAUUUUCGUUACGUGCAGCCUUUUUUAGUACGACCAGUAUUCUGGACACCUUAACAACUCUUUUCUCGGAAACCUUCCUGGAAACCUUGCAGCUGUCCUUUGAGACCUUUAGUGAAAAAUGCAGCUACUGUGUCGCUGUGUCCACUGCAAACUGUGUUCAGUUGUGUGCACAAGAAAGAGUUUUAAGACAAUCAGAUUGCAAUAAGAGGCACAUAAUUUAAAGGAAACAUAAUGAAUACUUGUAAUGCAUGUAGAUACCCCUACUGCUCGAAGGUUUUUGGUUACCAAUUGCGAGCUGAGGUCUGGGGCUAGGAAUAAGCAGUUUUUAGUAAGCUUUAGCAACAUUAAUGCCAUAGACUAAACAUUCAUCAUUUUAUUGCAAUUGCUUCUAUACCGAAGAGCACACACAUGGAUGUUUUGUUAUAUUUCUGUGCAUUGAAUUAUUUGUUGUUAAGUAUUUGCUUCAGUACAGGUAAGUUGUGAAUAGUGCCUCUACUGAGAAUACACACCCACAGACUAGCGAUUCCCAUUUCUUUUAUGCAAUUAGCAUCACCAUUCUGUUCACAAAAUGUGGCAGCUAUGCUUUCAACAAGUCGCUGCAAAUUAAGUUUUGUAAUCUCGCUAAAAAAAUCAUUAAACAUAUAACACGACUUGGUGAUUGCAGCCGUGUGAGUUUUUAGCAUUGAGAUGCCACAUCUGAUUUUGUAUCUUUGCAGAGCAUAAUUUCCUUUCUCGGGAUAUGUUUUAUCUACAUUUUUCUUUUUGUUUCUUAAUUUAAAAGUCAUCAAAAGUAUGUGAUUUAGUGUGGGAGUAAAUAUAUAUAUGCUUAUUGAGCCCAGAACAUUUUAUGUUGUUAAGUUAAACAUGUAUGGCCUGAUUUACUGCCAUAUGACUCUUUUUAUAAUUGUGUUCUUUUUGUGAAAGGACAAGUGUCACAAUAUGCCUUGAAAGAUCUUUACUUCGGUCUUGAAUUCUCGUGACAGCUUGCUAAAGCGACCGACUUUAUGCAGCUUUGUUGAAGCUGUUGCUUCCUUUUACUUUUUUCUUCCUGAAAACAUUUGCUGGGCUCUGGAAAAAAGGGCCCAAGACUGCCGAAAAUAAAUUGUAUUUCUGAACCAAAA